AUGUCCGGCGCCUUACGCAGCCUCGCGAAACGCGCGUUCACCGCGGCGACGGUCGCCCCUCGCAGGGCGGCGAACGUCCCGUACCUCCUGAACACCGCGCGCGCGCUCACGGGCCCCGCGAGCGGCGGUCACAUCAGCGACGAGCUCCUCGAGAAGCUCGGAACGCUCUCCACGCAAGCCCUCAUCGACGGCCUGUGGGUCAUGGGCUGGCCGACGUCGCACGUCAUGGGCGCGAGGCCGCUGACCGAAGGCCAGAAGAAGAUGGUCGGAAGAGCGAUCACGCUCCAGUUCGCGGCGACGCGCCCGGACAUCGCCGCGGACAAGCCCGCGGGGAUGGACUCCCCCGAGUACGAAGCGUUCGAAGCGUGCGCGGGCAACAAGGGCGUCGUCGUCAUGUCCUCGAUCGGCCCGUGGGAAUCCGUGGGCGGUGACAUCAAGUUCCUCCGCCUGAAGCAGCUCGAGUGCCGCGGCCUCGUCACCGACGGCAGCGUCCGCGACACGGGCGUCCUUCGCGAGUACGCCUUUCCCGUGUUUUCGCACAGCACGACGCCGCGUCAGGGCCCGCACGUGCAUCAGCCGUGGGCGGCGAACGUCGUCAUCAACUGCGGCGGCGUCGUCGUCCGCCCUGGCGACGCGGUCAUCGGCGACGACGACGGCUGCAUCAUCGUCCCGGCGUCGCACGCGCAGCAGGUGUACGACAUCGCGCACUCUCGCGAGGUCGUCGAGGAGAUCGUCAAGGAGGAGCUCACGAAAAACCCGGGCCCGCCCGGGAAGUAUUACCCGUUCAUGACCGGCAAGAUCAAGCCCGAGUCCCCGCUCGGGAAGCUCCUGACGUCCAAGGGCGUCAAGUUCACGCACACGGCCGCGAGGCCGGGCGCGAGGGCGACGACGCGGUCGGUCGUCUCGCCGAUGAACCGUUACAAGACGCUCGGCGCGAGGCGCAUGUCCACGCGCGCGACGCACCCGUUCGGUCGCCCCGAGGGUCACUACGUCCGCACGCACCUCGAGAUGGAGAAAGUCCUCAAGGAGUUCGAGAUACACAAGGCCUGCGCGGUCCUCCGAACCGGGAUCGACGGCGCGGUCCUCCCCGCGAUGGACGCCGCCGUCGCCGGCGGGUUCCGCUUAGCCGAGUUCACGCUCACGACGCCCGGAUGCCUCGACGCGGUGGCGGAAUACGCGAGCAACCGCCCGGAAGUUCUCACCGGCGUCGGCACCGUGCUCACGGUCCAGGACGCGAAGGACGCGAUGGACGCGGGCGCGAAGUUCAUCGUCUCCCCGUGCCUCAUCCCGGAGGUUGUCGAGUGGUGCGCGAAGAACAACAUCGUCUCCGCGCCCGGGUGCGGGACGCCGACGGAGAUGGUGCAGGCGUUUAAGCUCGGCGCGCCGAUUCAGAAGCUCUUCCCGGGCGUCGCCGGCGGCCCGGGUUGGGUGAAGGCGGUCUCCGCGGCGCUUCCGUUCCUUCGCAUCAACCCCACGAGCGGGGUCGAGAUCGACACCGCGGCGGAUUACCUGCGCUCCGGGGCGAAGAGCUUGGGGUUCGUCGCGCCCGCGUUUCCGCCAGAGUUGGUCAAGAACAAAGACUGGGACGGCAUCUCCGAGAUCGCGCGCAAGAUUCACGCGGCCGUCGCGUCCGCGUGAGCCGAGCGCUGAGCGCGUUGAGGGAAGAUCGAGGACCGAGCGGCGCGUCGAAAACGACGCGCUUCGCUUUCGGUCGCCCGAGCGAGGAGGUCGUUUGUACAUACAAAUAAUACUGUAACGAAUCAUCAUUAAACCGUU